GACGCUCGUACGCUGCACGUCGCCGUCGACGACGCGGCGCUGCCGUCCGCGCGCGCCGCCCGGCUGCACCAUCACGCGUCGGCGGACAUCCUUAGACUGAUCUUCGGUUUCCUCCUCGAGGGCUGGGACGGGAGGACGGCGUACCACAUCAACCACGAAGGUCUUUCCAUCGAGCAGGACGCCGCGCUCGUGGCGCAGCCGCGGCGAUUCGCUGACUGCGGCGCGGGAUGGACGCGGGACCGCCUCGAGACGCUCGCGCUGGUCCGCCAGGUCUCGUCGGCGUGGCGCGACGCCGCCCCCUACAGCUCCCUGAAGUGCAUCACCGUGCGAACGGACUGGGACUUGCCGGCCGACUUCGGCCAGCGCUUCUGCGGCGUCGAGCGGCUGAACGUCACGUCCGAAAAGUUUAGGCUCGACGACGAGGGCGAGCACCAUUGAGACAGUCGCGGGCGCCGACACGCUGCACCGAGCGAUCGCGUCCAUGCCGCGGCUGCGCGUGCUAAGUCUCGACGAGUGCGACAUCAAGCACAUGCCCGACUGGCUGCGGUCCCUGCCUCUAGAAGAGCUACAAGUCUCGACCACAGACUUCCAAGCGAACGCGUAUCCAUGGGAUCGGGACGAGGACUGCCUCCCGCGCUCGCUGAGGAUAUUUCGCCACGACGAUAGAAACUGCAACGCCUCGCUCGCGUGCCUGCGGCAGCUGACGCAAUUGGAGGAAGUGCAUCUGGGGUCCGCGCACUGCCCGAGCUGGCUUGGACAGCUCCCGAAUCUGAAGCGCGUGCACGGUUACUUAGCGCCCAUCCACUCCUACGCGGACGCGUUACAGGGCGUCGCACUCGAGGUCUUCACCCUGCAAAUUCCCUUCGAGCACGAGGACUUCGUGGCCUCGCACGAGGAGUACGAGUUCGCAGACCCGUUAGAACGAUUGCUCUCGUCGGCGAGCGCGACGCUCCAGUCCCUCGAUCUCCACGGCCACCACUUGUUGGGCAUCGACGCGUUCCCGCGGGCCCUCCGCGACUGCCGUCUGCUACGAAAGCUAGAUUUGGACAAAUGCGAGAUCCAGGUGCUACCCGAGUGGAUCGGGGAGUUGCCGCUCGUCGUGUUGGACCUGACGGCGAACUACGGGCUCGAGGACUUGCCUCUGUCGAUGCAGUCGUGUCGCACGCUGCGCCUCAUAAAGCUCCGGCUCACGUGCCUCUCCGGUCCGUACGCCCCCAGUUUCGAGGCGGACGACGAGGACGAGAACUCGUUGGAAGGCAGGGUCUGCCUGUUGACGCAGGAGGGGACUAUGCCGCUCGAAGAAGUGUCGACGGAAGAGCUAAACCGCCGUCGCGCGGCGCUGAUGGCGAUCUCGCGAGCGCUCCCUGACCUACGCUUGGAACUGCACCACGCCGUGAGAGGGGGGCGUUGCGUCUGUUGGUGCGUGGGCGACAAGGGCGACGCUGGAGGAGACCCGCAGUACGCGGGCCAGACGAUCGACCCUCUCGAUCCGCACUGGGCGAUGGAGCUGGCCAGCGACUCGGAGUCGGAUUCGGACGCCGAGUCGGAGCACGAGAUGGCCUGCGGGCCGCUGCUGGCGGCCGCCUUCGAGCCGCUCGAGCAGACGUUUCAUUAUAACCGUAACGAGCUGGCCGACGACGUUAAGCAGUCCCUCUUAGAUUUGGACGACGAGACGGCCGCGGCGUGCGUUCAGGCAUUCUUCGAUGCAUUACAACAGGGGCCAAUUACAAUGGAAACGGGGCUGUCGCCGGUCGACUGGCUCAGGGCGCGCAUCGCCGAGGCCAACGCGCCGGAGACCCCGGCCCCGGCGCCGGCCAGUGCCCCCUCCCUCUGCUCGGUGGCGUAA